AUGUCCCAGGGAUGGGGAACUCAGCCCCCUGAGAUCCCCAAGCCUGAUCUUGAGGCAAUUCGAGCCACCUUGGUGAGUAGUGCAGCAUCAAUAGAGAGUGGCAGGCUCGCACAAGGUGUCCACAGGGAAAUGGGCUUAUUCCUUGCAACUCCAUUGAUCAGCUUUGAUCAGUUGAUAGCUGAGAAGGCACGAUUCGUAGUGGACUGGCUGAAGGAUUGCCAGACAGUCGAGGUCAACUCUGACAACCACCCAAGCAUGGUGCUUGGAAAUCCUGGGGCCUUCAAGACGGCUCAUCCCAGGUUGCUUGUAUUGCAUGAGUCAGCAUGGGAGCCAAGCCUUGCUCAAGACAUCACAUUCAAGGUCAAUGAAUGA